CGAGGUGGAUGGUUAGCUGGAUCAGUUGUUGCCUCAAAGUCAAAUCAAGAUGACCUCUAGAAUUUUAGAAACGAAAUUCCAAGCGUUUUUCCUUCUACUGCUAAUGCUUGGAGAUGUCCUCACACUGCCAGCUCUUGAUACAAAAGGACCUUUGCCAGUGACGCCCAACACCAUUGAGGAGACGGAUAAAUUGGCAGAUUCAAGUGUGGACGCCAAACCUGCUUCAGAUUUGGAACAGUCCAAUGUCAACGAAACUAAUGCCGCCAUUUCACCUGAAUCCUCGGAGCAGUCGGUGCCUGACAACGUUGCCUCUGCUAGCAGCAUUGAUCCAGCGUCCAUCUAUGCCAGUGGACUGAUCACUCCUGAAGUUUUCCAGCAGUAUCUUAGCCAAUAUGGAGCUGCAGCCUAUGGCCCAUUCGCUGGAGCGUAUCCAGCUCCAGGUCUUUAUCCAUAUCCAGGACCAAUAGUAGUGCAAACGGGCUAUGAAGGUUUCUUGGCGCCAGCAGCAGUCAGUCAACUGGAAGGCACAACAGUGGCUGCUGCACCAACUCCAGCUUCCUCGUCGAAUCCCCUUCUGGCCUUUGCCUCCAAAUUGCUACCCACCAUUCUGAUGUCCACAUUGUUCCGUAUUGCCGCCGUCAUUGUGUCUGCCGUGGGUGUUAUCCUUUUUGGCGGUGCCAUUACCAGUGCUUUGUGUCGACUCACGCCCAUUUGUGAGAUACCCGCCAAGGCCGUCGACAUUCUACGCUCUGGUGGUGCCCAGGAUGUGGGUCGCAUGCUGGCUGAGGAAAUGACACCGGAGAGAGUGCGACGUGCCACGGAAUUCGUGCGCAAUGCCAUACGCAAAUAUCGCCAAUUGCAGCAAUUUACGGAGGAGAUGGACUGAAACCCAUACGAAUUGUGGAAAGGAAAGUGUUGGGACGAUGAAUUACGUAAUAGGAAUAUAUUUUAGUACUCACUCGUAAAUUAAGUUAAAUAAAAAACUACAUUUUAAUGUUGCCAUAAAACAGAAA